UGUUUGCAACCUUGAAAAACUAAUUAACUCAAGUUGCUUCAGGCCAACAGGUGACUUGUGGGUUCAAAGUGGACAUAUAAAAGCGAGACGUAAUGCUACAUGUCAUACGCAGAUCAACUUUUACCUCCAUCCACCAAACUACUAUAUUUCGACAUGAAGUCUGUACUUGUUACCUUGUCAAUGCUGAGCUUGUUGGUUGUGUGCGAUGCUUGGUUUCUCAAUCUGAAAUCUGAUAAAUAUGAGAAGCUGGCCAAAGUGACACCAGCACCGAACAAACGAAAGGUGAUUCUCGUAGCCAAGAAGGUGUACGUGCCGAUGUAUGCCUCCGAUGACACUGCUUCAUCAGACAUGUCCGGCCGUUUGUUGCCCGUCUCUCCUGUACUGGCCAGUUCUGGAGCGGUGAUGGGAGGACAACAGCAAUCGCUUGACUAUUCUUCGAUGUAUUAUCAACCUCCAGUUGUUGCAUAUGCCAUGUCCGGUCCAGCCUCAGGUGAUGUAUCAGCAGCCUACACAGCUCCAUCAGCCUAUGCUGCCCCAGUUCCAGUACCUGCCAAUGUAGAAGCAGCUAUGCAACCUUAUGCCUUCUACACUGGGGGGUAUGGUGCUGCUGGCCCACAAUACGUGCAGUAUGGUAGUGCAGCAUCAGCACCCGAGACCUGGAUGAUGCAGUAUCCAGGUGGUGAGAUUGUUCCAGCUGGACCUUAUCCUCCAACAGGAACCGACAGCGACGCAGUGACACAGGAAGUUACUGCCUCAGUGCAGCCAAGUGAAGCAUACCCAAGUGUUUGACCGCAUUGAUUGCAAUAUUGUUUUUACCUGAUUUUUAUUGUAUUUUAAUUUAUGUGACUUAUGUAACGGACAAGAUCGAUGUGCUCUAUGACCACGAAUAAAAACGCUAUGA